GAUCUUGUCAAUUUGAACAUUUUCAUUUUUGGGUGUUUUUGGAGACAAAUGUUGUCUUUGUAUAAAUAGUAUCGUUUCAGACAGCCAGUAAACUAAUCGAUAUAUCUUUGAUAGAUUAUCAGUAUGAGCGAUUGUCCGUGUGUUUCAAAUAAAAAACUUUUGUAAUAAGUUGAUGGGCAUGGCGUCUCUCGCAAAACUGAAUCGUGUUCUUGUUCGUUCAAAAGCACUUUCAUAGUUGUAGUACGAAAAGUAUUGUUGAGAGUUUAAUGACAGGUUGAGUUUCUGUUUGAAUUUGAUUGUGUGUUAUAAUUAAGAUUGAAAUAUGGGUGCCUUUCUUGAUAAGCCAAAAACUGACAAGCACAAUGAAGAAGGGAUUGGGAAUGGAUUAAAGUAUGGGUUAUGUAGUAUGCAAGGAUGGAGAGUGGAAAUGGAAGAUGCUCACACUGCUGUGAUUGGAUUACCAGCAGGGCUCAAAGAUUGGUCCUUUUUCGCAGUGUUUGACGGCCAUGCAGGAGCUAAAGUCUCUGCGUAUUGUGCUGAACAACUUUUAGAUCACAUUAUCGCUAACGAAGACUUCCGUGGUAAAAUUGACAUUACUGACGGAACAGAAAUUCAGCCAUCGAUUGAAGAUGUUAAAAAAGGAUUGAAAACUGGGUUUCUUCAACUUGAUGAGAAAAUGAAAGAAAUACCUGAAAUGGCAAGUGGGGAAGAUAAAAGUGGAUCAACUGCCAUUUGUGCCAUUGUUUCACCAAGUCAUGUUUUCUUUGCUAAUUGUGGUGAUUCGAGAGCAGUUUUGUGUCGAGGUGGUAAAUGUGCAUUUGGUUCAACAGACCACAAGCCAGUCAACCCAAUAGAAAAAGAGAGAAUUCAGAAUGCAGGAGGAAGUGUUAUGAUACAGAGGGUGAACGGGUCUUUAGCUGUAUCAAGAGCUCUAGGGGAUUUUGAAUACAAACAGGUUGCAGGGAAAGGCCCAUGUGAACAACUUGUCUCCCCUGAACCAGAGAUUUUUAUUGAAGAGCGUCACCCCGAUGAUCAGUUUAUGGUUUUAGCUUGUGACGGAAUUUGGGACGUUAUGUCAAAUGAUGAACUUUGUGCAUUUGUCCAAAGUCGAAUGAAAGUGACUCCUAGUUUAGAGCAAAUAUGUAAUCAGGUUGUUGAUACAUCAUUAUAUAAGGGAAGUCGAGAUAAUAUGAGUAUAGUAAUUGUGGCUAUGAAUGGAGCACCAAAACAGUGCGAAGAGGCUAUUAAAAAAGAGAAAGAGUUAGAUGAUAAAAUAGAAACUACAAUUAAAGAAAUUCUUGAAAAUGACCCUCCUGAGAAUCAAGACCUUCCGUAUAUUGUACAUGUGUUAGCCAAUACCUUAGAAGAUAUGUUUCCACCAGGGGGUGGCAUUGCAUCAAAACGAACUUUAAUAGAAACAAUUUACCGUAAAUUACGACCUCAGGAAGACGAGGAUCAGUAGCGGUCAAUAACCUUUAACCUUUGACUUGACCUAUAUAGUUAUAUAUAAAUAUGAUGUACAGUCAUGUAAAAAAGUGGUUUAUACCAUAUAUGGUAAUGUAUGUACACAUGUGAACACAGCCUUAUCAAAAUACGCUCACUCUGAAUUCUUCAACAAAGAUUCAAGCUAUUUUCAUCUUCAAGAAAAACUCAUCAAAAUGGAAGUAGAUGCUUGCAAGGAACUUCAAUCUUAUAGCUAAAAGAAAGAAAACUGCCCAAAAAGUACUAAUACCAUAGAGGUAUACCGGUAGUCCAUAAAACUAAAAAAAAACAACUGAGAAUUAAAAAAUAGUGGUUAGGAGGUAUUUACUGUAUGUAUUUAAAACUUUAGGUGACCAGCACCAUUAGAUUUUGGAGCCACAGAUUGAACUGGGUUUUUUUUUGUGGAAUAAUCAUUAUUUUGUUACUGACUUUAGCUGUUUUCCCAGCAAUACAGGCCUGUGAUGAAAUUCUUAUGAGGGCAUCUUUAUUAUUAUAGAGACUUGAAUAGAACUGUAUAUUUAUUUAACAAACUUCAAACAUUGAAUUUAUAUUAUUGUUUUUCAUGAAAAAAUUUGAUGCAAAAGUGUAUUCAUGUGUCAUUCAGAAAAGAUUCCAUGUUAGAUUUUUUAGAUGCUGUGCCAAAAUAUUUAAAUUUUCAAGGAACUAAAUCAUUUUAAGUAACCAAAUUAACAUGUAUGAUAACUGUAUAAAAAAAGCACAAAUGAGGAUUUAUUGGCUAAAUUGUUAAAAGAAUUGCAAUUGAGAAAACUCUAAGAAUAAUCUUGUUUCUAACCAAGCUAAUGAGCAGAAGCUUUUAGAAAGUUGUAACUAAUUGAUCUAUUAAUUUGGAGUUUGUUAAAUUUUCCCUAUCCUACUGUAUAAUUUGUUGGAAGACUAGUGUGUUUUUUUCUUAUAUAAGUUUAUCUGAAUGUUUUAUGUUCUAUACUUUUUGUUAAAAUUUUGGAUUGAGUUGCGAUAUUUUGUAAGAGAACAUAUCUUUGUGUCCAAUUAUCCAUUUUAAUUUCUAAUCAAAGCUUAAAAGCUGCCUUUAAUACUUUUGAAUUGUUGAGUUAACAUUUAUAAUUGAAGAGAAAAUUUGAUUGAAAUUAGAAUUAUAGAAAUGUGCAUGAUAUUUAUAUGAAAGCAUUACAUUAUAAAAGGGUAAAACUAUUUCCUUAUGCAGAAAAUUCAUUUUCUGUUUCCUCAAAAUCACUGCACUUAUAGGAGUAAUAACCAGCAUACAGUGCAUUAUAUUAGAAAUAUUAUUGUUUUUCUGGCUGAAUAUGUCUCUAUCAAAUGAGAACCUUUACUAUAUAACAAAUUAUCAUAGAAAUGAUUGAACUAAAAUUCAUGUGGGAAUAUUUAAAUCAUGAAUAUAAAAUAUAUCAAUGAUAACACAAUUAAAAUGUUUAUCUGGCAUUAUUUACUGUAUGAAUUUUUUUUUAUCAAAAUUGUCACUGUAUUGGAAAUCAUAUAUUCAGAAAUGAAAAUUCAUUCACUGUCCCUGUACUUCAUUUUUGAAGUCAAUGUUGAUAAAUAUUUCACAGUAAAAAACCAACUGAAAACUUUGACAUUAGAAACAAGAAAUUGCUUUUAUAUAUGUAUUGAAGAUAUAUUGAAAAUUUGAAUUAUCAGAUCACGAGAAACUAGAUAUGUUACAAGUGCUACUGCUUAUGAACUUAUUUAUGCACAAUUUUUGUACCAUUUUCCAACUUAGUUUGAUGCAGCAUCCUGACUGAAACAGGUCCAAUUGACUGUAUUUUGUGUGUAUCAAGGGCAUAUGCACAAAAGUGUUAAUGGUUGCUGAGCAGCUAAUAAAUUCGAAAUCAAAAAAUAUAAAUAUAUAAAUGUAUAUUCAACGAGUACAGGAGUCUAAGUGUUAUGGUAAAGGAUGAAAGUUAACCCUAUUAUUGUCAACAUAUUUACUAGAAAAUUCAGCCACAGAAAACGUACAUAAACUAUAUAAUCAUUU